UAUGGCUCCUGAUGUCUGGAUGACUGCAGGUUGCAAAAUAACGCGCCGGAGCAUGAGUGUGCCGGUUGUUCGCUUCUAGUAGUGGAAAGGAAAUUCUUAACAUUAAAGAACUAUUUAUAUUUAUCAUCCUUGUGAUCCUGCCAAGCAGUCAAGCUGCCGGUCCGCGUGGCUCGGCUCGCGGGAAGCUCGACGCGAUGAUGGUGCACUGCGCCGGGUGCGCGAGGCCCAUCCUGGACCGUUUCCUGCUUAACGUGCUGGACCGCGCGUGGCACGCCGAGUGUGUGCAGUGCUGCGAGUGCAGCUGCAACCUCACAGAGAAGUGCUUCUCCAGGGAUGGCAAACUUUACUGCAAAAUUGACUUUUUCAGGCGUUUUGGCACGAAGUGUGCGGGCUGUUUUCAGGGCAUUUCUCCCAGUGACCUGGUGCGCAAGGCGCGAAGUAAAGUAUUCCACUUGAACUGCUUCACGUGCAUGGUCUGCAACAAGCAGCUGUCCACGGGCGAGGAGCUCUACGUCAUCGAUGAGAACAAGUUCGUCUGCAAAGAGGACUACGUAAGCGCGAGCGCCAUAAGAGAGGUCAACCUCAACUCAGUGUCGUCGUGCACCGACCGCAGCCUGUCGCCCGACCUUCCCGAGCCAAACGCGGACGACCCGAAAGAGACGGACAACUCCACGUGCUCGGACAAGGACACGAACACCAACGAAGGCGAAGAGCAGAGCGCGUGCCAGAAGCGCCGCGGCCCGCGCACCACCAUCAAGGCCAAACAGCUGGAGACGCUCAAAGCGGCGUUCGUGGCCACGCCGAAACCAACACGCCACAUCCGCGAGCAGCUCGCUCAGGAGACCGGCCUCAACAUGCGAGUCAUCCAGGUGUGGUUUCAGAACAGACGGUCAAAGGAACGCCGAAUGAAGCAGCUUAGUGCCCUUGGUGCCCGGCGCCAUGCUUUUUUCAGAGGACCAAGGAGGAUGAGGCCUCUGGGCAGCAGACUCGAUGAGCCUGAUCUCCUUGGCCCUGGGGGAUACGGCUACUAUGGAGAGUACCAGGGUGAUUACUAUGGCACAGGUGUCAACUAUGACUUCUUUCCUCACGGUCCACCCUCGUCUCAGGCUCAGUCUCCUGCAGAGGCUCCAUUCCUGCUAAGCUCAGGCUCAGGAGAUGACCAACGCUUUACAGACGUGAUGUCACACGACGACACGCCAAGUCCGGAGUUGCACCCAAACGCACAGGGUGAAGGCGGAUUUGGGACAGGACCCAGUCCACCAUAUCCACUGGCCAACAAUGCCAAUUACAGUGGGCAAGAGAUGGGUGAAAAUACUGUAUGGUAGGACUGGUUGGGGUUUCUGGACAGAUAAAUAAGGGGCAAAAUGGGAUGCGGUGCAGGACACAAGACUGAAGGUUUAGCACCAGAAACCCACCCAAUCCCUUAAGAAAUCCCACAAACCCCACUUGCUCUAUUUGCUCCAUUUUCUAGAGGUGCUCUUUUGAGCAGGAUGAAAAUAUGUCUCAAGGUCAUGACAUACGGGACACAAAAAUGUCAUGUUGCUGAAAUACUGCAAGGACGUCAUGUUCUUUGUUUCCUUACCUCUCAUUUACUUUCUACAGCCCAACAGACUAGUUACAUACACUGGAAUACUUUCUGUUGCCAUUGGUUUUUGCAUGGACUCAGUUUUAUGGUAUGGCAUCAUACAUAUUAGUGCUCUGUUAGCUUUGUCCAAUUUUACUUUUGUUUUUAUUUACAGACUAGCGAAGGUUGUUGUUGGUCCUUGUGCAAGCGGUUAAAAACAAGGAAGUGAAUUUGUUCAGAAAUUGAGAAGAAUUUGGGAAUGGGGUAGUGAAUUUUUAGACCUCAGGUCAUUCAACUUGGUUUUGUUUUUGGUUUUUUUGUUGUUGUUUUGUCCAGGAUCAUCCCAAUUGACCACUUUUUUUCCAUGUUC